AUGGGAAAGUCGAGGAAGAGCGCUCGUGUCAGCGAGGUUCCCGUGACGGCAGGCAUGAUGUUGCCAAACAUGCCAGGAAUGGGAAUGAACCCAUUGGCUGCAAUGAUGAACCCUUUCAUGAUGCAGCAGCAACCACAGAUGCACCCCCUGCAGCAGAUGCAGCAACAGCAGCAGGGGAUGGCUGCUGGAGGGGGUGAGUCAAGGCAGAGUGCCAACGACAACGAAUUAUCCUCCUCGGAAUCGUCAGACCAAGAAGUGAAGAGGAUUCAUAAGGAAAACAAGAAAAACCGAGCAAGGCAAGAAGCAGCGAUGCAGAUUGACCGACUGGCAAGCGCUACCGCUGAUCCAGACAUGAUCCCGAGAAGCUGCACUUUCUUGCGUAAGGUCCCUCUAGUGAAGAUUAAAGCUCUGCUCGAGCGGGUUCACUCCAACUGGGAUGCUUCGGUCACGGCUGACCAGACAAUCCUAACGUCGCUGCAGCUGCUGUUCCUUCUGACCAACCUGAAGCCGACCACAAAGAUCAGUGAGCUGAGGGUGGAUCAGAAAUACACCUUGCUUGGUCAGCGAUGUGUGAUGGCCCAUUCCCGUCUUGCCGCUCACCAGGGCAGCAAUUGGCGCCGCAUAGUGGAACCAGUUCUGGGAGCUGGGGUGAAUAUCACUGAGGAGAGUGUCCAGAGGGUUGCCUUGGAAUGUGGCUGGCAGUCCACAUGGAUGACCGAGGAGGUAACGACCUAUGCCCAGCGUAAAGCUGCAGCAAGAAGGCAGAGUGCCGACGAGACGCAAGGCUGGGACUGGGGAACAAGGCAGAGUGCCGAUUCAACAGCCACCUUCUUCCCCUCGUGCUGCUUCUCGUUCUGA